UCCUGCGCAUAUAAACAGCACUCGCCUCCCCUCGAGAGGGUGCGAGAUCUGAUCGCUAAAUUUCUAGGGUUUUUGUUUCAGCGUGAGAUAGCGAGAAGCCGGAGAGUUUAUCAGAAUGAGCGGCGGUGAUGGUGGCGGCGAGCGUAGAAGGGGGGCUGUGAAGUGGUUUGACAGCCAGAAGGGUUUUGGUUUCAUCACCCCCGAAGACGGCAGUGAGGAUCUCUUCGUCCACCAGUCCUCCAUCAGAUCUGAGGGAUUCCGCAGCCUGGCUGCGGACGAGGCGGUCGAGUUCGAUGUAGAGGUCGACAACAACAACCGCCCCAAGGCGGUCGACGUCUCCGGCCCUGACGGUGCUCCCGUCCAGGGAACUAGCCGUGGUUCUUUCGGUGGAGGCGGCGGUGGCUACGGCGGUGGCGGAGGUAGGGGCGGAGGCGGAGGCCGAGGCGGUGGUCGUGGAUACGGCGGUGGAUAUGGUGGCAGAGGAGGUCGAGGCGGAGGCGGGGGCGGCGAUGGCGCGUGCUUCAAAUGUGGGGAGCCCGGCCACAUGGCGAGGGACUGCAACCAAGGAGGCGGUGGAUACGGUGGCGGUGGAUACGGUGGCGGUGGCGGUGGCUAUGGUGGAGGUGGCUACGGAGGCGGAGGAAGGUAUGGUGGAGGUGGCGGUGGCGGUGGCGGGAGCUGUUACAACUGCGGCGAGUCCGGGCAUUUCGCGAGGGAUUGCCCCGGUGGCGGUCGUUGAAAUGGGCCUGUAGGCGGUGGAGAAAGGUAGAUCGAUCCUUCAUUUUGUCGCACCAAAAGAUCGUCCUCUCGCCGCGUAUUAUCGAUAUUAUCCGGUUAUCCUUUUGAUGGUCUCUGUUAUCUGUUCGUUUUCCAUUUAUUUUCGUCUGCGGUUUCAUUUUAGGAUCUGGGUUUGGUUGUUGUGGUGCUUGUGAUGAGUACGAAGCUUUAGUCUCUCUUGGGUGUAUGUGAAAGCUCUUGCUCUGUUUCAAGUGUUCAUACACAACAUUUUGUUUCAGAUUUGAAGGUUUGAGUCGGAUUAUAUGGUUCCGGAUAUGGUUGUUUCCGUUCUUCAGCUUGGUUUUGAUUUGAUGGAAUGCUUCCUGGGA